UACUUGACACAGCAGCUCUGACUGAGGAUGGUACAGUCCGACCCUCAGCCACUCAACCUGAGGACGUCUCUCAUGAACGGACGCCUGAGAGGGACGAGAAGAGAACAUUGGUUUUCGACUUCAGAGAAGAGAAGAAAGUUUGUGCUUAGAAGAAUAAAGUGAAUAUUUGAUGCUGGACAAGUUUCAGUGAAGCAAAGGAGCAUGGACACGGACAGCUGCUGCUCGGAGACGGGGAGACCCUAGCGAGGACAAAGGGUACAAGGGCGACGCUGAGGAACCAUCUGUGGUUGGUUGAACAAGAGGCUGCAGAGUCCUGCGAUGCCUGAGGAGGCUCAUAAAGACGCCAUGAAAACCCCUGUGACCCCAGAGAAGCCCAGCAUCCACGAGCACCCUAUGGUGACCACAGUAAACAUCCCGCGGCUCAAUGAAAUCCAGCUGACUGCAGCCACCGGCGGGGCGGAGCUGUCCUGCUAUCGCUGCACCAUCCCGUUCGGAGUGGUGGUGCUCAUCGCGGGCAUCGUGGUCACCGCUGUGGCCUACAGCUUCAACUCGCAUGGAUCCACCAUCUCCUACUUUGGCCUGGUGCUCCUCUCGGCCGGAGUGGUGCUGUUAGCGUCCAGCGCCGUCUGCUGGAGGGUGAGACUGGAGAGGAAGAAGGAGAGGCGGCGGGAGAGCCAGACCGCCCUGGUCACCAACCAGAGGAGUAUUUUUUCCUGAAGCCAGAUUUCCAGAGUGUGUAAAGGCCGGAGAACUCAACCGUCUGCAGAUGUUGUCCAGCACGCACUGCAUUUCCAAUCUGUAAACGCUUCGAGCGCCGACUCUCAAGGCCCAGAACUUAGAGCUUUGAAGGGAUUUAUUUGUCAGACAGACGUUGAGCAUCUGGCGAGCUGGGAAUGCAGCCAGAAGGAAUGUAUCACAAUUAAGAUGAAUUACCACUGUGCGAAGCGAUGUAGAGGAAGUCUCCCAUUAAUCUGCCAUUGGAUGUGGCGGCUUUGAUUGUAAUGGGACAGAUUGUGAUUUGAAGAGUCCGAGAAGGGAGAGGGAAAAAUCCAGAACAAUGAAUCAUGCCUAAUUUUCUACACUUCAACUUGCACAUAUCUGUUUAUAACGUCUCAUUGUUCAUCUUAUACGGAAUGAUUGGGAAUUGCCUGUUAUGGAAGAAUGGUACUUGAUUUUCUUAAAAGUCGGCCAAUAUAUUCUCUAUCUAACCUUAAAUAUGUAUUCACUUAAAGCACUUUGAUUCCUCAUAAUCAUCAUAUUCAGUAUUAGACAACAUCUUACGUAAAAAAUAUAAGUAGUGUGGCUUAUAAUGGCUUAAUAUGGUGAAUUUUUUUAUUGUGUUGAGGCAAUGGUCUCAUUGUCCGCAGUGAAACUUCCAUGAUGUAAAAAAGAUAUAACAUGUAACACAUGUUCUGUUCUGAUGUAAUCGCCUGCUUGUAUUUACUGUUAACAGGACGUCAUGAGGUUUAAUAAACUCAUUAACACUCAAA